UAAAAUUGUCCCAUCCAUCAAAUAUCUGACAUGUCGCAUCAAAACAAAACAGUUUAACAACUUACUACAGUUAUUUUCUGUUUAUAAUAAUUCAAUAUAUUAUAAAUCAAACAUGAGUAAACCGAAAAAAGUGCGUAAACGCUACGAAACCGACUCCUCGGAAUCUAGUGUAGACAGUGAGGAGGAGGCACGAAGAAAAGACAUAAAAGAAAGGGAUGAAUUCGCAGAAAGGUUGAAGAAGAAAGAUGAAUCUAAAACGAGGAAUAUUGUUCAGGCCUCCGAUAGAAGAGCGUAUGAGGAAGCCGCUAAAAGGCUGCAGCUUGAAAAUGCUGCAAGAGAGAAAAUUGUUCCGAAGCUGAGGGUGGAGUCAAGGAGGAAGUAUCUCGAGAAGCGUAAGGAGGAUAAGCUGCUAGAGUUAGAGGCAGAUAUACAAGACGAUGAGUAUCUGUUUGAGGAAGAGGUACUAACAGAAAGAGAGAAAAAAGAAAGACAACAUAAAAAGGAGUUGCUCAGAUUAGCUCAAGAGCAUGAAAAAGCAAGAGAGUUGGAAAGGGUGCAAAGAUACCACAUGCCAAGGGACCUUGGUAAGGAUUCCACCUCCGAUUAUAUUGAGGUGGAUGAAUUGGAAAAACUGCCACAAUCGGAGCAAAAGAAAUGGGAAAAAGACCAGAUGGCUUCGGCAGUGUUCAGUUUUGGCGCUAAAGACGCCUCUAAAAAGGACGAAUAUGAAUUACUACUGGAGGAUCAGAUUGAUUUCAUUCAAGCCCUUCAAAUGCCAGGUUCGAAAGAUAAACUAAAAUCUGAACCCGAACUUAAAGAGCACGAAAAGAAAAAACUGAGUAUAGAAGAGACCAAGAAAAGUUUACCCAUUUUCCCAUUUAGGGACGAUUUAAUUCAAGCGGUUCGUGAACAUCAAGUUUUAAUUAUCGAGGGGGAAACGGGGUCUGGAAAAACCACACAAAUUCCCCAGUAUUUACAUGAGGCCGGAUUUACUGAAGACGAUAAGAAAAUAGGAUGUACUCAGCCACGUCGAGUUGCCGCUAUGUCAGUGGCGGCACGGGUGGCUCAAGAAAUGGGGGUGAAGUUAGGGAACGAAGUGGGUUACGCUAUUCGGUUUGAAGACUGCACGUCUGAGAGGACCAUUAUUAAGUACAUGACCGAUGGUACUUUGCACAGGGAGUUCCUGUCUGAACCGGAUUUGCAGUCCUACAGGUAA